CGCUUCUUAGUAGCGAGCUCUGUUGCCGGUGUUUGCGUUGGAAUGUGACUGAGGCCCGACCUUAAAGGGGAGGGAACAGAGAGAGGCCCCUGUACUCCUGAGACCUUUAAUAAGGCGCCGUUGUGCCUGCCCCUUUAAGGGCGGGGCGCCGGGCGACUGAAUCUGAGCCCCAAAUUACCCAGAGUUUCCGUCGAAGGCUCAGAGGAAAGGCUCCUUGGCUGGGUCCGGGUGUUUGGCGGCGGCGGCUUCAUCCCCGCUCGUCCUCCCCGGGCCCAGAGACGCUCCUGCCUCAGUCAUGCGGAGCAGAGUAUGGAAGCAGCUGACUACGAGGUGCUAUCUGUGCGCGAGCAGCUAUUCCACGAGCGGGUCCGCGAGUGCAUUAUAUCUACACUUCUGUUUGCAACACUCUACAUCUUCUGCCACAUCGCCCUGACUCGCUUCAAGAAGCCUGCUGAGUUCACAACAGUGGAUGACGAAGAUGCUACUGUCAAUAAGAUUGCGCUUGAACUGUGCACCUUUACCUUGGCAGUUGCCCUGGGAGCUGUCCUGCUCCUGCCCUUCUCCAUCCUUAGCAACGAAGUACUCCUCUCACUGCCUCAGAACUACUAUAUCCAGUGGCUAAACGGUUCCCUCAUCCAUGGCCUCUGGAACCUUGUUUUUCUAUUCUCGAACCUGUCCCUCAUCUUCCUCAUGCCCUUCGCAUACUUUUUCACAGAGUCUGAGGGCUUCGCUGGCUCCAGAAAGGGUGUUCUGGGCCGUGUCUACGAGACCGUGGUGAUGUUGGUGCUCCUCACCCUGCUGGUACUGGGCAUGGUCUGGGUGGCGUCAGCCAUUGUGGACAAGACGACCAGCAGGGAGUCACUCUAUGACUUCUGGGAGUACUACCUUCCCUACCUCUACUCUUGCAUUUCUUUCCUUGGAGUCCUGCUGCUCCUGGUGUGUACUCCACUAGGUCUUGCCCGCAUGUUCUCAGUCACCGGGAAGCUGUUGGUCAAGCCUCGGCUUCUAGAAGACCUGGAGGAGCAGCUAUACUGCUCAGCCUUUGAAGAGGCAGCUCUGACCCGCAGGAUCUGCAACCCUACUUCCUGCUGGCUGCCUUUGGACAUGGAGCUGCUGCACAGACAGGUCCUGGCUCUGCAAACCCAGAGGGUCCUACUGGAGAAGCGGCAGAAGGCUUCAGCCUGGCAACGGAACCUGGGCUACCCAUUGGCCAUGCUGUGCUUGCUGGUGCUGACGGGCCUGUCUGUGCUCAUUGUGGCCAUCCACAUUCUGGAGCUGCUCAUUGAUGACACCGCCAUGCCCAGGGGCAUGCAGGGUGCCUCCCUGGGCCAGGUGUCCUUCUCCAAGCUGGGCUCCUUUGGUGCUGUCAUUCAAGUUGUACUCAUUUUUUAUCUGAUGGUAUCCUCGGUUGUGGGCUUCUACAGCUCACCACUGUUUCGGAGUCUAUGGCCCAGAUGGCACGACACAGCCAUGACCCAGAUAAUUGGAAACUGUGUCUGUCUCCUGGUUCUAAGCUCAGCACUUCCUGUGUUCUCUCGAACCCUGGGCCUCACUCGCUUUGACCUGCUUGGUGACUUUGGGCGCUUCAAUUGGCUGGGAAAUUUUUACAUCGUGUUCCUCUACAAUGCAGCCUUCGCAGGUCUUACCACACUGUCUCUGGUGAAGACCUUCACUGCAGCUGUGCGGGCAGAGCUGAUUCAGGCCUUUGGACUGGACAGACUGCCGCUGACUGUCUCCGGUUUUCCUCGGGCAUCUCGGAAGACCCAGAACCAGUGACCUCCAGUUGGGGGUGGGAGGGAGAAAACUGGACAUUGCCAUCUACUUCCCAGGCCUGGAGGGGAGCCCAUGGGUGGGUAGAUCUCAGGACCUGGAAUCUGAGAGGGGGUUGGCAGAGGGGAGUUAAGCCAUCUGCACUGUUGCAAAUCUGAGCCAGAAUUUGGGACCAGGCUCCCCUGCUCUCUAGACUUAACUGUGGGCCACAGUAUGGGGUGGGGCUGGGUGACUGCCUUUAGUCUCUGGUCCCAAAUCCGUUUACACAUCAUUCUGCCUCAAUGCUGUUCUGGGCCAAGCCCAUAGCCAUGUUUACAUGAUUUGAUGUGCAAUAGGGAGGGGAGGGGGUGAGGGAAGGUCUGGGCUAGGGACAGACUUGGGAGGCAGGUUGUCUUCCUUGCUGCUGGACCAGCAGAGGCUAUGCACUGUGCUACCCUGGAAGGGCUUUGGACCAACAGAGAGGCCACAAGCACAGGGAGGAAGAGGCCAGAACCAUCAGCAAUAAAAUUGAUCCAGGGUUUACUUUGUUUGAGUUUUA